AUGGCGACUUCCAUAUCCCGAAACAAUUUUAUUUUUAUUUUCCUAUUAAUUUUCCCGUUUUUCAACAGAACCUUGGCAGGAUUUGCAUCUUCACAAAACUGGGUGAACCAUGGCGGGGACUUACACAACCGAAGAUAUGCGGAGAAAGAGAGCAAAAUCGGACCCGAAACAGUUUCCCGUCUGCGGAAGAAAUGGGAAUUCGUCGCCGGAAAAGACAUAACAGCGACGCCGGUGAUUUUCGAUGGAACCCUUUAUUUCCCGAGCUGGAAUGGGAACAUCUAUGCUGUUAAUGCCUCUGAGGGAUCCCUUGUGUGGGAGAAAAACUUGGGGGACCUAACCGGGCUUAAUGCCACUGGUUUUGUUGCUAAUGUAAACUGGACAGUUUCGAGAGCAUCGCCGACGAUUGCCGACGAUUUGUUGAUCGUUGGAAUAUUUGGACCUGCCAUUGUUAUUGCAGUUGAAAGAUUAACUGGUAAGCUUGUUUGGUCAACCCAGCUUGAUAACCAUGCCACUGCUGUUAUCACCAUGUCUGGAACUUACUACAAACGGCAUUUUUACGUGGGCACAUCUUCCCAAGAAGAAAGUCUAAGCAUCGAGCAAUGCUGCACAUUCCGCGGCAGCUUCUCCAAAUUAGACGUCCGGACCGGCGAAGUCCUAUGGCAAACCUUCACUCUACCAGAUAACUUCGGACAGAAAGCCGAGUAUGCCGGAGGAAGCAUCUGGGGAAGCAGUCCAUCAAUUGAUGCCACUCGAAACCAUGUCUAUGUCGGCACCGGGAACCUGUAUUCGGCUCCUCUUCGUAUACUCCAAUGCCAAGAAGCUGAGAACAAUCAAACAGUGCCAACUAGUCCAGACAAGUGUAUUGAGCCUGAGAACCACUCAAAUUCAAUCCUAGCUUUUGAUUUGGAGACAGGUGCUAUCAAAUGGUAUCAUCAGCUAGGGGGAUAUGACCUUUGGUUCUUUGCCUGCAAUAAUCUUUCGACACCAAACUGUCCUCCAGGUCCGAAUCCCGAUGCCGAUUUUGCCGAGGCACCGAUGAUGCUAAGCAUCAAAGUCAAUGGAACUAAGCGAGAUAUUGUUGUUGCUGUCCAGAAAAGUGGUUUCGCUUGGGCUCUAAAUAGAGACAAUGGUGAACUUAUUUGGUCUACUGAGGCCGGACCCGGUGGAGCCGGCGGAGGAGGCACAUGGGGCGCAGCCACGGAUAUGAAGAGGGUCUACACCAACAUAGCCAACUCAGCAUUCAAGAAUUUUACUUUGAAACCAUCGGAAAUAAAUACGACUGCGGGUGGAUGGGUGGCAAUGGAUGCUAAAAGCGGCGAGAUCUUAUGGUCGACGGCGGAUCCGAGCAAUUCCACCACUAGUGGGCCUGUCACCGUCGCUAAUGGUGUAGUUUUUGCCGGUUCAACAUAUAAACAAGGGCCUAUAUAUGCCAUUGAUGCUGAAAAUGGGAGAAUAUUGUGGUCAUAUGAGACAGGAGCAACUGUGUAUGGUGGAAUGUCAGUGAACAAUGGAUGCGUUUAUGUUGGUAAUGGAUAUAAAGUUAAUAGUGGAGCUUUUUUCCCAACUUUUUCUUCUGGAACUUCACUCUUUGCAUUUUGUGUGAAUGAGGGAUGAUAUUUGAGUACAUAACUGGGUUUCUU